GUGGUAAGCUCUGAGGUGGACGGGGGGACUCUGCUUGCACGGGCUUUUGUGUCCAGGCGGGCUAUCCGCACACAGGCUUGGCGCAGUUCGCUGGUGCUUCGAACUGGCAGCUCGAAGUUCAGAGCCAGCGUGCUAGACCACUCGUCGGCGUCGGUCGUCGUCUUUGUCGUGCCCCAGGCGUUCCCAGAUGAAUUCCAUAGGCCGCAGGAGCCUCCCGUGCCUGCCAUGGACGUUCCCAGAGGGCUCCAAGAGGCCGCAAGAGAACCCAAGUGUUCGCCAAUCUGUUGCAAGAGAGUCCAAAGGAACCCAAGCAGGCCAAAGAGGCACCAAGUUCAGGCGGAGCCAGGGAGCGCCCAGAAGCUCCCCGCAGCCUGGAGCGUCUGGCUUGUGGCUCGAGGCAUCUUUGUUCUCGACCUACAUAACUUUACACGAACUUGUUUUCUUCGCCGCCGGGGUCGGCCAGGGCCAUGACGCCGUCCUCAUUCGUCGCCCUGCUGCUGCUGCUGCUGGUUUCGCGCUCGCGCGCCACGGCCAGCGGCCGCGCGUGCCCAGACGCGGAGUCCCAGCUGCUCCAGCUCUCGAGCAGUCAGAGCUCUGGCGGCGGCGUCGGCUCGGGGCUGGCGUCCACGGACCUGGAUUCCGUGGUGUGGCCCACCCGCGGCGGAAAGACGAGCUCCUGCUGCCGCUGCAACUACGUCAUGCGCAUCCUUGUCCCGGCCGCGAACAUGCCCGCCGGCCCGCAGCAGCUUCGCAUCAAGUUCGCACAGUCGAAUAACGGCAUCGCGUACGUGGCUUUCGGUGAGGAGGAGUCCCCAGGAGUGAUGAAGGCUGGCACCAUCACGAACCUGUGUUUUGACGGGCAGGUCGGCGACUGCACCACGGCCGUGUCCCUUCGGGCUUUUGAAUUGUACACCGAGUGGUUCGACUACACGAUCGACACAGCCAAGAAUUAUUACGUAUCCUACCUUCACCUCUGCGGCCCUGGCGGUUCCUCGUCGGGGACAACCCCUGACGGUGUGGCGUUCAGCGGUUACGACACUGGUACAAGCGACGAAUACACGUACUGGUCAACUUCUGGUACUACGACGUGGUACAACGACCUCCGCGACAACGGUCUGGCCGGGACCCUUCGCGGACCCAGUGCGCUCGUGUACGGCCACUACUCACGCGAUCCGGGCGCCAGCAUCACAGGCGGCUGGAAAACCGCGAAUCGAAUCGAAGGCAUCCAGGGUAUCGAGUCUCAUGCUAGUUCAACCCCUAACCCCACGCCGUAUCCGACGCCGUUCCCGACGCCCUACCCGACGCCGUACCCGACGCCGUAUCCGACGGCCUUCCCGACGCGUUACCCGACGCCCUACCCGACGGCCUUCCCGACGCCCUACCCGACGGCCUUCCCGACGCCCUACCCGACCGCCUUCCCGACGCCCUUCCCGACGCCCAGCCCAACGCCGAGCCCGACGUAUCCUGUGGGUUGGCCGACGCCACAUCCAACUUUUCUUCCUGGAGCUGCCAUGGCGGGAGGAGCUGGCGGAGGCGUAGCUGCCACUGGCGACCCCCACCUUCAAAACGUUCACGGCGAGCGGUUCGAUCUGAUGAAACCAGGCAAGCAUGUUUUGAUAAACAUCCCUCGCGGAAUGAGCGCUGAAGCCGCAUUGCUUCGGGUGCAGGCCGAUGCGCGCCGAUUGAGUGGACUCUGCGCGGAUGUGUACUUCCAAGAGUUGAACGUCACAGGGUCUUGGGCAGAGGCAAAACAGAAUGGAGGGUAUCAUUUCAUUACAGCGUGUCACAAAGAGAUGUGGAGGCUCCGCAAUGGGUUGCGCUUGGCAAGGUUGAGUUGAAAGUCGUGGUUGGACGUACGGAGAGUGGCCUCCAGUACUUAAAUGUAUACGUCAAGCAUCUAGGGCGAGCAGGGUUUGCAGUUGGAGGUCUCCUGGGGGAAGACGACCACAAAGACGCAAUGACUCCUUUAGCGUCCUGUGCCAGACAUGUGCAGCUAGCUCAGUCGAGUGGCGGAGCACCUUCUGCGCUGUGGGUUGCAACGGCCACUUUCGCGUGACAAUAGUCACCAUGACAUACGAAGGCAUGUCAUAUGUGGGCCAUCCUUUUGUUCCGACGCGUGCUGUAUCGCGUACGCAUGUGUUUCAACCAAUAUUGUGGCAUUGUCGUGUCCACCGGAAAAAUUUGGUUGCCACUCUGCGCUGUCACAGGCCCCCGUUGCUCGCUGGGUUGGUCUUGCUCGUGGAGCUCUUGUUGCUUCGUUGUUCUUGCUGCUGCUGUCAUCAUCUGCCCCCCCCCGUCCGCCCCCCCCCCGCCCCCCAGGCAUCCUGCACCUUCUCCUCCUCCCCGUUUCCUCCUCCUCCCUCCUUCUCCC